UGGUGUUAAUCAUAUAUUUGCCAAAAAUGUGCUUUCAGGAUUGCGACUGCAUGGAAUGCAGUUGCAAAAAGCUGUUGUAGUUCAGCAGAGGAACUGUUUCUCAAGUGGGCUCCUCAGAGGAGUCUGUCCAUAUCCAGGUGGUCUCCAGAGCACAAAUAUUUUACAUUACAAAUUGCACCCCAAUGCUGUUAUGUGGAAGACAGCCAACCUCAGUAGCUCUUUUACCUCCUUAGGCUAAUCAUUUUGCCCAGAGUAACUGAGAGAUGUGUGUUAACUGGGUAGCUUUUUUUUGCAGCUGCAACUUCUGUUGAAACCAGAAGCCUUCAUCUCGGAGAAGGCAUGAGGCAGCAUAUAUUGGUGAGGACAGAGUCUGAUUGGUUUAUAUUCAUUUAGCUUGAUAUAAAACAGCUAGUAAGAACAAGUUUGUAUUGCCUUAUUUGUGCCUGCUCAUUUUGCAAGUAGUUUUGCACAAUUUUAAUGAAACCAGCUUUAAAACUUCAAUUUAAAUCCUAUUACAUUUUUGUGAUGAUGAUGAGUGCUGAGUUACAGGCAGCUCAGCUUAAUUCUGUUACAACUCACUGUUUAGGAUUGAGGGUUGGGAGUAGCACCGACAAGCUACUGAGUUUUAGAAAUGCUAAAGUCAGAAGAGAUUGUGAUCCUUGUCAAGGUAAACCAAAGUUCAGCUAGUAAAUCCUAUACGUAGCUCAGUGACUUGAAGUCUUCACCAGCGGCUUUUCUUUUUAGUCCAUCGGGAAAGCCCUGUAGGUUUUGAUUAAGCCUGUAGUAUUUAUAGCAGCCUCUAGAUGGCCUUAUUACUUACUGGCUUUCUCACACUAACAUUGCUCUGCUUUCCAACCAGCUGAAGUGAAUGAAUCGCCAAACUUAUGUGAAAAGUGGUGGUUGCAUUUUAUCAUUAGUCAAGUGUUUUUGACAUGAAUCCCAGGCUGUGAGCACUCCUAGGGCAGGGGUAUGUGAUGGGCAGGGAAGAUGUUAAACAAGUGAGCCUGUGCUAACCCUAGUAGGUAAUAAAAGAGCACAGUGUGUCUGCUCAGUAGUCUGGGGAUUUUAAGUCUGGUUUUCAGGGAAUUGGUCUCUGCAGGGCCGUCCCUAGGGUAUGGCAAAUUGAAGCAACUGCUCCAGGCCCUGCGCUUUGGGGAGCCCUGCGGAGCUGGGUGGAGCAGCUGAGGCCCCUCCCGUGAGGCCUGCCUGGUGGUUGUGGCUCUGCCCCAUGCCACAGAAGAAGCACAGAGGCUUCCCCUCCUGCCAGGUGCAGGAGAGACCCCAGCCCAUGCCUUGCUUUUGCAGGGGUCCCACAGGCCCCACACGGUGUUAAGGGGGCCCCACAAUACUGAUUUGCCCCAGGCCCUGUACCCUCUUUGGGUCGGCCCUGGGUCUCUGUGACAUGUUUCUUACUGACCAUCCCACCUUUCCCAGGAUUAAAACCUUAUUUAGUUUGUGGUUACAGGAUUUCCUUUAUAGAGAGACCUUUAGGGGCGGGAGGAGAAUUGCUGCUUAUUGUAUUCUCAGGUCAUGACAAUCUUCCCUCAGGUGGCUGGCAGUAUCCGAGACAUAAUAGAAACCACUGACUUUGUAGUUCCGUUCUGGAUUAGUGGAUCUGUUGCCUCAUAAUCAAACAUUCUCUUUCUGGCUUGUACUUUGCACUGCCUUUCUUGUGGUUAACUAGCUUCAAUUUCCAGCUUUUCAGCCAGCAGCUUAGCAGAGGUCAUGGCACUUGCAAAUCCCUAGUAAUUUACAAGGAAAUCCUUUGAGGCUUUAAGCUGGCUUGUAUGGUUUGUUCAGUAUCCAUUUCUACUCCAGCUCACCCCUGGAGUUUUUGAGACUAGACUAGACACACCCUUGUCUAGAAUGGUUUACAUAGGGAUGAUCCUGCCUUUAGUGGGGAGGUGGACUAGAUGACCUGAGUCUCUUCCAGCCGUACUUUUCUGUGAUUCUUUUUGAAGCAUUUUACUGAUGAUGUUGAUUUUGUAAAUUAUAUUAUGCCAGAGUACCACACUACACAAGAAGUUAGGGCAGCAGGUUUUGAGUAUAGCACUUUGGCAUCAGUUUGAGCUUUUAUUUCUUUAGGCCCCUUUAGGUCUGAGACACAGGCAACUGAAACCAGAGCCUUAUAGGCUUCUGAUACUUGGUACUUAAAAACAGAGAUCAUGUCAAUUAGGUUCCCCAUCGCCUUUCACUUAAGGGUUCUGGAAAGCGAUUAGUCACAUACUGGUUUAUUACAUCCCAGUACUAGGGUGAGGCUGUAUCAAACAUACAGACACUUGGAACUAUAUAGAAAAAACCCAAAGCUUUAGUACAAGCACUCUUACAGUUUCACUGGGCACAUCUACAUGUGCAUUUACUAUACAGUAAAUUAAAUGUGCAGUAAGCAGAUUUAGGCCCAGCGUCUACACGUGCAAGCAUUAAAGUGCAGUAAUGCUGUUUGGACUGACUUGGGAGUAAAGUUAGUCCCGAGUCAGUCCACACACACACUAUUACUGUGUAGUAACAUGUCUACACAUGCAUUACUGCACAGUAAUCAGACAUAAAUUUGCUACCUGCAUGAUGCAGGUAGCAAAUUUACGCCCAAGUCAGCAUAAGUUGCCAUAGUUACUGCACAGUAUGGGCAUGCACGUGUAGAGGCGCACCCAUACUGUGCAGUAACUUAGGUUGCUGCAUGGUAAAUGUGCACGUGUGGACACGCCUACUUAGUAUAAGACUCAAAGAUGGUAAGUUGCAGGGACAAAAAUGCCGUCUUGUCAAGGUCUUGAAUUCUCUUCCGGCCUCUUCUGCAGAUGUUAUUCAUCACUCCUCUCUGGUAGCUUCACACUCGGGUUCUAAUUUCUGUUUUGCUGCUUAAGGAGAGCUGCAUUCCAGUGUCAGUAGAAUCGUGUGUUAAAGGCGAUAAAAUCUUCCUUGGUCAUAAAACUUUAUCUCAGUUCCUGAUUUUGCAAAAAUAAAAUCUAUUCCUGGAAAAGCCUUGUCUGUAACAAAAACUUUUGCACAACGAAAUUUUUACCUGUCUCUGCUUAAGGAAAAAAAAGAAUAAAACGGUAUCCUUUCUGCAGUCACUAGGGGGCAGCGCUGGCCGCAGUUUCUCCUGCAUGGGAAGCAGCUACAGCUUCUGCUUCCAGGAUGGAGGGCAGUCCCUGAGGGUAUGCAGGUCCAUACUGAUCAAUGUUUUCCUACCUUUUUGGCUCAAGGCCCCUGCCUUGGAAAAUGUCAGCUCUUUGCUUUCACUCACUUUUGACUAUGGAAAAAUAAUAGACCAAUUCUUCUGAUCAAAGAACUCAGAAAGCUUGCAGCAGGGCUGAAUGUUUAUGACACUGGAUUUCUCUUUUAUAUCCCUGGGUUCAUCUUGAGUCACAUUUGCUCACCUGACAGUGCUAACAUUGCAUGGCAUGCGCCCCACCCCUCUUGUACCCUUGCAAGGAUUUCAAGGCAUCCAGGGCACCCAGGUUGAAAAUGACUGAUAGAGAUACAAUGGCAUAGGAGAAUGUAAGUCAGUGGAAAAUGCUGGCCCAGGAGGGGGCCCUGCUGGUUUAGGCAGCUUAGGGCUCGAAACAGAGAGAAAAGCUGUCUCUACUAUGCCCUGGGAAAGGGAGUCAGGGGACCCAGCUGACUUAAGGAGCAGAACCCCCCCCCCCCCCCAUCCAGAUCACUGCAGGCAGAGGGUGCGAGUGAAUGGGAGGGAUUGUGGGGGGGGGAUCAGUUGCUGUCAGGCAAAGUGGUGGCAUCAUAGGCAUGAGAGCAGGAGGCAGCCUGCGUGCCACUGUGAGAGCUAUAGUGAAAGAACCUCAUAUUCAGUAGACUUGCCUGAGCUGUUGCAGAGCUGGUGCACCCCUUCCCUGCCCCCCUUCCUACCCCAGAUAUGGCCAGGGCCUUGCCAGUCCAGGUUAAACACCGGGGAUGUCACGUCUCUGCAGGUUUAAGCAGGCAGCUGCUCUUAGCAGUUCCUUCCCCAGCUUCCCUUCCAGACAUGGGAGGAGCAACUGAACCGCACCCUCCCAUUAUACAUUGACAGACCUCACUGCUGCUGCUGCCCAACUGUUGUGUCACUGGAACAGAGCAGCUGGUCCCCAAGGCAACUCCAAUAGCAGACAGAGGGGAAGUGAGAUCACUGGUCUGGCAGCUUAGCAAUUGAAAGGCAAAUGGAAAAAUCUGGGGGCAAAGUUAGGCUGGGCUGUGUGAGAUCAAGAGCAGCUGUCACAGCUGGGGUGAGAGGGAGGGAGGGUGCUGCUUAGACACAGCCUUCAUAGUAACUGAGUCCUGCCUCCGUGACCAUGGUGGGUUGGGGUCCCACCCAUCUCCCUCUGCUGACUUGUGCCCUCUUCCUAUUGCUGUGGAGGUCUGAUGGGCUUGUAGGGAGAGGCAGGCACUGGGGACCCAAGGAAGACCAGACACACACCAUAGGGAAGGGGAUGCAGCUUGGCCAUGACGAGACCAUGAAGAGGCACCUUGACACCAUGCACACCCUGUCCAGGCAGUACUGGCAAUACCUGGCUUGUGGACUGUGGCAGGCAAGCUGCAAAGGAGAGGAAAACGAGCAGGCUGACAUGGAUCAAGAGGGGUGGAGUUUGCCCCUGGAGAUGUUAUCCAGCUGGUACUGUAGCUUCAGCAAAUGCUGUGAGACAGGAGACUGCAGAGUAACCAACAACAUCACAGGGUUAGAGUCCGACCUGAACAGGAGGCUGCAUGGGCAGCACCUGGCAAGGAAGGUCAUUCUGAGAGCAGUGAGAGGGUUCCUGCAGCGCCCUCAGCCAGAGAAGGCGCUGGCCCUGUCGUUCCACGGCUGGUCAGGCACUGGAAAGAAUUUUGUGGCGCGGAUGAUUGCUGAUCACCUGUACCGAGAUGGGCUGAAGAGCGAGUGUGUUAAAGUCUUUAUCUCGCUUUUUCACUUCCCACAUCCUGUGUACUUGGACUCCUACAAGGUUCAGCUGAAGAAGCAAAUCGGUGAGACGGUGAAGCUCUGUGAGCAGGCCCUGUUUAUCUUUGAUGAGGCAGAGAAGCUUCACACAGACCUGCUGGAUACCAUCAAACCCUGCAUGGAUCACUAUGACAGCAUUGGCCAGGUGGACUACAGGAGGUCCAUCUUCUUAUUUCUCAGUAAUAGUGGUGGCAACACCAUCAAUGAAGUGGCUUUGGAUUUUUGGCGAGCUGGACGGGCCAGGGAAGAAAUCACCAUGGAUUACUUGGAGCAGCCCCUGCGGACGGAGCUGAAGGAGGCCCCAGGAACUGCCUUUGCCCAUAGUCACCUUCUUGAAGAGAACCUCAUUGACUUCUUUGUGCCAUUCUUGCCCCUGGAGUUUCAUCAUGUGAAGCUGUGUGCUCGAGAUGCUUUCGUGGUCCAGGGACUUCCAUACACAGAGACAGCACUCGAUGAGGUGGCCAGAAUGAUGGUAUUUGUGCCUAAAGACAAGAGGCUCUUCUCUGCCCAGGGCUGUAAAUCAGUGUCCCAGCGCAUCAACUAUAUUCUCCCCUGAACAUGAGCUGUGGGCUGCCUCGCUUGCACAAGCUGAAUACAGAUUCACCACUUGUGCAGUAAUGGGAACUUGAAGUUCUUACAGCAGGGGUCAAUGUAGCAGGAGAAGCUGGAGCCUUCCACUUUUUGGCACAGCUCAGGAUUUGCAGCUGUAUGACACUCCUACAGCCUUGAUUUGGCAGAAUGAGCAGGAUGCACGGCCAGCCUGGCCUUCUGGAAGCCUCAUCGUGUAGCAGGCAACUCCAAGUGCUGGACGAUCAUUUUCUGCUAAUGGAAAUGUUUGGUUGGUUUUCUUUCAUAUCAGCAGAGUAGGCUGUAUAAGAGCUUUGGUUUGCUGUGGUUCUGGGCAUCCUAAUUACUGUCCUGGGGAUGUCUGGUAGAUGUUACUUGUGGUGCUUUUCCUCCAGCCCCUCCCCUGUAAGUCAUUUACAAGAGUUAAGUCAAAUGAAAUGCUACUCAACCUUUGCACAGCCAGUCAGGAAGGACUCUGUCAUUCAGGGAUUCAGUCUUCAAGAGUAAUUGAUCUGCCAGCAACUUUCUAAGCCUUAAUAAAGACUACCCCUUGCCUGCACAGAAGAUAAAACCCCAAAGUAUGGGGGAAGUUACAGGUGUGAGCUGAGGGAUGUGGGUGUGGGAUCACUCCGAAGUCUUCUCAAAGUCUUCUAUGGAUGUGUGGCACAAGUUCAAGGUGCACUAGUUGUUUGGGGCAAUUUAAGAUUAAAAACUGUUUUUAAAAGUG